AUGUGCGUCCUAACUGCCUUUAUGAUAACCUUGUGGGUGAUCCUUGCCUCUGAACCUGUAUCCGUGAGUACUACACUGGACAAUUCUCUCCCACUUUCAAAGAUGGAUCUUGCUACGGAGAGGGACAGACCUUUCUAUUCGAAUUGUGUAGAUACCCGAGAGUAUUUGUUGAAUCCAUCGUAUACUAAACAGAAUGCCUCGUUUGUGAUGCUAGCAAGGAAUGAGGAGAUAGAAGAUGUUAUCAAGACAAUAUACAGUAUAGAAGAACAUUUCAAUCAGUGGUUCCAUUAUCCAUAUGUGUUUUUGAAUGAUCAGCCGUUCGAAGAGGAUUUUAAAGCAAAGAUACUUAAUGCCACAUCCGGCGCUGAUGUAGAAUUUGGCACUAUCGAUGAGAUAGUUUGGAAUUUUCCUAUUGAUGUGAAGGAUACUUUUGAUUUUUACAAUGCCAUUGAGGAUCAAGGUGAUAGAAGCAUACUUUACGGAAACUUGGAAUCAUAUCACAAGAUGUGUAGGUUUUAUUCGGGAUUAUUCUACAAGCACCCUUUGAUACAAAAGUUUGAAUGGUAUUGGAGAUUGGAGCCUGAUGUGGAGUUUUUUUGUGAUAUUACGUACGACCCGUUCUGGGAGAUGUUUCAAAAUAAUAAAAAAUAUGGAUUCACCAUCAUUAUUCCUGAACUGUACUGGACAGUCCCCAAUCUAUUUAGACACACUAAGAGCUUUGUUAGAAAAAAAGCCAUCAAGAUGGGGUCAUUAUGGAAACUAUUUACGAAGGAUUAUAACUUUUUUGAAUCUGAUGAUGCAGAGUUGCGGGAUUGGAUCAACUGUGGUUCUAAGGCUGAGGCUAAGGUUUCUGAAAAGGUUGCUAUCGAACAUCUAUUGAAAAAGGGUGAUAAUUCGCGGAAGAUAAACGACGACAAGGAGGGAAUAUCUAACCUGAUUAAUAAGGCCCGCUCCAAGAAACAUAUUAUAGAGGACAAAUUUUUCAAUGAAGAGUAUAAUUUAUGCCAUUUCUGGAGUAAUUUUGAAAUUGCUCGGUUAAGCGUCUUUGAUAAUGAUAUAUAUAAUGAUUUCUUCCAAUACUUGGAAAAAAGUGGCGGGUUUUGGAAGGAGAGAUGGGGGGAUGCUCCCGUCCACUCUAUAGGACUGUCUUUAACUCUAGAUCUGGACGAUAUCCAUUACUUUAGAGACAUAGGAUAUAGGCACUCUGCAAUACAGCAUUGCCCGUGGAAUGCAAUAGGGAAUGAGGAAUUCCCUUAUGUGGCCAGUGGCUCCAAAUUCAAACGCAAAAACGUAGUGUACGAUGAGGGGAGCGAUUUCGGAUGUGGUUGCAGAUGCAAGUGUCCCAAGAAGAAACAUGAAAUUGAGGAUUCCACAAGUUUAUGUGUAAGUAUAUGGGUAAAGCUGAUGAACCAACAGAGGAACCACGAACGUCAUGUCGGAGUUCUCAAUGGCGAUGAAAUGGAAAGAAAUAUUAGGGAAGACUACUCAAAAACAUAUGGAAACUAG